AUGGACUCCAUUGCAAUCGUGACGCGCCUCCAACAACAAGUCGAUGACGACGCCCAUGCCCUCAACGAGUUGAGUACGGUAUACCAAGCCCACUCGCAACAAGUGGAGGAAGCCGAAGAUACGCCCACGCCAGUGAUCGACAGCUUCUUCAGUCAAGGAGGCAACGCAGCCCUCACGACAAUGUCGAACUUUACUCUGGCCGAGAUCGAAACAAUUUGGGCCUUAGUCGAACCCGCCACAAAUGCAUUUUUCAUGCUCCUGUCUGUGCUUAAGCACUGCAACGCUUGGGACAAACACGCCCUCGACUUCAACAAGAAGGCUCCAACAUUUGAAAAGUUGAUCCAGCGUGUUAUUGACAUCGUCGAACCAAUUCGCUACGAGCACAAUGUUAUGCCUGUCAACAUGACCUGUCAAGUCCAACAAGGAAAGGCUUUUGCCAACUUUUCGUCAGCACUGUAUUGUACGGAUGUCAAGUUUCAGCCCUCGUAUCGACCAACUGGACGUUUUGACGAAGCCAAGCACUACUUCUCGGGAAAGCACAAGCUCUACGGUCUGAAGCUCGAGUACUCCGUUGCUUACCCCGGGGAUGCAGUCGAUAUUUCAAACCACACACCAGGCUCAGUUUCUGAUUUGACGAUUUUCAAGCAACGUCGGCAUAUCCACCAAGAAAUGCUUCGGAAGUCUGCGCCCGAAUUGGACACGGUGGACCACGAGGAAGGUUCCGACGAGUACCCAGACUCUUGGAGUGUCCUUGUGGACAUGGGCUAUCAAGGGUUAAGAAGUGAGGUUUGA